AUGAAUAUUGUACAUCGCUCUCUUCAGCAUGAUACCAUUAUUCAAGGAAUGUGUAUAUUAAACAACGCAAACAAUGGUCGUCCAGCACUGGCUGUUGCCCAAGGGUCAACUUUGCAUAUAAUGGAUCCUGUAAAUCUUGAAAUUUUAGAUUCGUAUCCGUUUAAAACACCAAUAGCAUUAAUCACGGCAUUUUCCGGUAGAAAUCCAGAAAUAUUCAUAUUACUUCGAAAUUUAAACUGGUUUAUCUUUCAAUUACCUGAAUUAACAAAAUACGAGUCAAUAACUAAACAAGGAUUAAUUUUAGCAACGAGAAGAAUUCUUCCUAUCUCAUCACCAUUCGAACUAGGAUCAACUGGAAGCAAUCCGAGAAUAACUGAAUCAAUUCGAUUAAAAGAAAAGCAGUUUGCUUAUGCUACACAUCCUGAUUACAUCGCACUCAGCAUCUUUUCAGGCUUAAUUCACAUCAUACCACGUAAUAAACCAAUGUUUGCAGUUCCAGUUACAUAUACGAACAUUGUUGACCUUGCAUUCAUGGGUCCAACAGUUGUUUCAGCACGUCUUGCAAUACUUACAGAUUCUAAAACAAAUAAUCGUGAAUUACAUGUUUGUAAAAUAGUUGGUACUGAAUUACUUGAAGAAUUUGAUUUACCGCUUCCACCUGAUGCUUAUUCGAUUAUUCCAUUGCAUCCAGAAGUCGAAGCUUCUCUUAUGAUUUCAACCAGUGAUGGAAUUCAUCGAAUUACAGCACCAAUUGGUCUUCCAUUAAAAUGUGAACAUCUUUCGACAUUCGUUUCUACAAUAUCAAUAUCGGCAACACAUCUCAUUGACGAUUUAUAUCUCAUUCUUGAUGCAGAAGGCUGCAUUUGCGCUGCAUCUUUUCCAGUUGAAGGAAGACCUCGAAUGGAGAGGCUUUUACAGACAAAAGCAGUUGCAGGAUCAAUCAUAUAUAUGAAUAAUUCUAUAAUUGUUUCCUCUCCUUUCACUGAUUUAAUUUCAUAUAGUUUUGAUCGCGACGAAUCAUCAUGUCGCAUGGAAAUACAAGCGACAUUCCCUAUUUCAGGACCAGUACGAAGUAUAUCAAUCAAUGAUGACAGUAUUUAUAUCUCAAAUGAUUCAAUCAGAUUAUUUGAGAAGACAAUUCAAUGCAGAACAGCUUUUAAGAUGGACAUAGGUAAUUGUCUCUCAUUAUUCUCUUCAAAUCAAUAUAUUUGCCUAUCAUAUCUUAAUUCAUCAGUUAUUUUAUCUGUUGAUGACAAAGGAUUUGAAAUGGCCAACCCAGAACACUUUAUUUCCAAUAAAAACACGGUCUUCUUCGGCGAAUCAAAGUCUGGUCCAAUACAAGUCACAAAUAAAGAAGUUUCAAUUCUCUCUCAAAAUUCAAUGUCAUUCAAUUUUGAGAUAACAGCGGCUUGUUGUCAAAAUGAUGUUUGUAUAUUAUGUUAUGGCAAAGAGUUUGUUGCAAUUGAAAUCCCUUCUUUCAAGCAAUUGCAUUACAAAGAAGUUGACUCCCAGAUAUUGUUAGUUUACACUGAUAGCGCUGAAACAUGUAUAUUGACAAUGUCCAAAAAUUUGACAAUUUACGAUGAUUUCUUUAAUGUCACUUUUUCAACAAAUCUUGACACUAUUUAUGGAUUUACUUCCAUAGAAAUGAUGAAGAACAAGAACAACGAGAAUUCUGUUUAUUUAGGAACAACAGAAGGAAAACUUGUUGUUGUAAAUAACAGAGGAGUUUCUUUCGAAUCCAUUGGUGAAAAUUCAGUUGUUUUGAAACCAAAUCUUUCACAAGGUGGUUUUGUUUGCAGUGGAAAACCACCUACACUGAUCAGUUCAAAAGAAAGAGUUUUCCUUGGAACAGAUCCAUGCACAGACAUUGUUUGUGUCGGAGAUAAUUUUGUUUCAUUGAAUAGAAAUGAACUGAAACUGUUAAAUUCAGAAAGUCCAAGUGGUUCAUCGAAACCAAUCUUGACAAUUGAUAAUAUCGUGAAUUCUGCUAUUAUGCAUGAAGAUAAAACGAUGAUUCCUAUUUAUGUUGUUAGAAUUGGCGAUACAACAAUCAAAACAUAUAAAAACAUGAAAGAAAAUGAAGAAUUCGUUGCUCUUCAUUCUAUUUCAUUGAUGGAAGUGAUAAAAGUUGGUGAAAAAGAGUAUUUGCUUGUGGGAACAGAUGACAACGAUGUUUUCUUAUUAGAUUCAUCUUUGUCAUUAGUUUGCAAGCGAACAAUGGAAAGUUUGCCAACAGCUGCUUGUUUUGUAAUGGAUUUCAUCAUUAUUGCAAAUAGAACUUAUAUUGAACAGUUCACUUUAAAGGAAAAUGGAAGUGAUAGUGAGUUAGAAAGGAUAGCAACUGCAAGAUCAUUUGCAUUGACAACAGCUUUGAAUGUUUGCUAUAACAGAUUUGUUGUUGUCGCUGAUUCCAAUCAAAGUAUUUCUAUCUUGGAUUGUACAAGGAGAUUGGCUGAAACACAUAGAAUUUCAUAUUGCCAUGGAGUAUCUACAAUAGGUGUAAGUAAUAAUGGACAGUUUAUUUUCGCUGCUGAUUACAACUCUGUGAUACAUAUCUAUGGUUUAUAUGAAUUUGGUGUUUUGGAGCCAAUUGGAGUUUUCCAGACUGAUUCAAGAGUGAUAUCAUUCGCAAAGUUUGGUAAAAAUGCUUUGUACGGAACGGAAGGUGGAGGAAUCGGAUUGUUCACUAUGAGAGAUGACUUCAUGGAAGUAAAGAGAGUAUCUCAGAGAAUUGAUGAUGCAGGAUUAACAUUUAUCGAUAACAGAAUUCCUGAUGUGAAUUUCUUGUGGCCACAGCAGGAUUGCAUUAUUGAUGCUGAUAAUAUUUUGAUCGCUUUGAAUAUGCCUGACAUACUUGAAGCCGCUGGAACUACAAAAGAGAGGAUUAAAGGUCUUCUCAAACAAAUUUCAUAA